AUGAAAGUACGAGGAGGGCCGUUUUUUAAUGAAGUCGCUGAACACAUGGAUUUGAAACUCGACUGCUACAAAAAUGAAGAGUCCAGGUGUAAAUGGAUGAAAGAGUUGAAGUACUACGCAUAUUCAGUGCACGAUUCCACGAUAUACCAAUUUUUGACUCUACUAGGGAUCGGAAGGAAGGUGGUUGUGCCAGGUCUCCUUCCUGAAUAUGCUGCAGCAGCAUUCGUCGAAUUAUGGCUCGAUGAGACCGAAAAUAAACCAUACUUUAAAGUGAUGUACCGCUCAGAUGAAAAUUCUGGCAUCUAUAGCGUGACCAAAGAAAUUGAAGGCUGUAGUGGUGGAGAUUUCUGUGACCUGGACGUGUUCAGAAAAUUAGCCAUAAAAUUCAAGCCAGAUAAGCCAAUGGCGCAGUACUGUGAAGCAGAACUAAACGUAGAAGCUAAUGGAUCCUCAACGAAUGCAGCAGUGUGGUCUAUCUCAGUUUUAGUUCUCUCCGUGUUAUUUUUCAACAAGGAUGCCUGA